AUGGAUUUUAGAAGGGCGAUGCCUGUCACAGGCCGAACGGUAAACAUAACAGCCGAUCUCUACGAAAAAGCGGACGGCGAUCUGUUGACCACCUUCUUUAUCUCGCCAAGCGACAAUCUCUGCUUCCACGGCAAGUGUUCGUACUAUUGCGACACAUCGCACGCCAUUUGCGGCAACCCCGACCUGUUGGAAGGCAGCUUCGCUGCUUUCCUACCCAGCAGCAAGAUUGCCCCCACCAAGGUGUGGCGACAUCCGUGGCGUAGAUCUUACCACAAAAGAAGGAAAGCCCAGUGGGAAACCGACCCGAACUAUUGCACACUAGUGCGGGAAAUCCAUCCUUACGAUAAAGGCCGCCGACUGCAUGAUCUGAUGGACAUGUCGAUAUUUGAUUUUUUAAUGGGGAACAUGGACAGGCAUCAUUACGAAACGUUUAGGAUGUUUGGAAACGAUACAUUUACUUUACAUCUCGACCAUGGAAGAGGAUUCGGAAAACCUUUUCACGACGAAUUGUCAAUUUUGGCCCCACUUUUACAGUGUUGCAUCAUUAGGCAAUCCACUUUAGAGACCCUGCUCAAUUUUCACAAUGGCCCGCAAAAACUGAGCGAGGCCAUGCGCCAAAGCAUGUCCAAGGACCCUGUAGCCCCCAUUCUAUGGGAGCCCCACAUGGAGGCACUGGACCGUCGUGUGGAAAUAAUUCUCAGAGGCGUGCGAGACUGUUUAACGAAAGGCGAUGACGUCAUAUCCGACCCCAAGGACGAAGAUACGUAG